AUGUUGCAAGACCCGCAUCACUAUAAGGAAGCCAUCAACAUUGUCCACCGGGAACAGUGGCAGGUCGCUAUAACCGAAGAGCUGGAUACCUUGAAGUCAAACGAUGUUCGGACGGUUGUAGAGCCGCCUAAGGGUGCACACGUACUGCACAACAAGUGUGUCUACAAGACUAAGUCCGACGCGAAGGGGGACAUCGAGCGGUACAAGGCUCGCCUGGUCGUUUGCAGGAACGAACAAGUGUUCAGAAUAGACUAUACUCUCACAUUCGCCGCGGUCAUGGACUUAAGCACGGUAAAGCUGAUCCUGGUGCUUUCAAGACGCUGGAACGUUCCAGCGCGCCAUGGUGAUGUACCCAAUGCGUUCGUCAAGGCUGAAAAGGAGGAGCACCUGGAUAUUUACAUGAAGGCGUCGAAGGGGAUGGUAGUGAAGAAGAAAAGUAUGAAAGACCUGAACACGAAGAUUCCAAACGACCUAGCGUUGUUGUUGAAGAAUUCGCUGAACGGAAUUUAA